AUGGCUUUGCGUGAUGCCAUUCGAUACUCUGGGGAUAUGAGUCGAUCUCGAGUUUCAGACCAUGUGGGUUUGGAGGAUGAUGGUGGGGUGGGCAGGCCAAGAGGAAAGGAGAGGUAUGGGAGUGGGCGCGAGUUGAGCUCUUCUGGUGAAGAGAAUGAUUCGCGGACCAAAGGCUUGGAGGAGGUGGAGGCGGAGGAUUCAGAGGGAGGAGAGGAGGGAGUGGUGGGAGUGAUGGGGGUUGGGGUGGUGGGCGGUGACGAAGAAGGUUUGUCUGAUGAAAAGGUGGUUGAUGAGGAUGCAAAUGUGCGUGUUGAGGUGCGUGCUGAGGAGAGAAUGCCUCUUGUGACUGCUGGUGAUGCGAGUGUGCGCAACAUGGUGGUCGCUGUGUGA